AUGGGAUCGUUCAAGAUCUCCAUAGCAUCAUGUAGCUUCAUUCUCUUAGCAAUCUUCUGGCCAUCUCGAGCUCAAAACUCACAACAAGAUUAUCUCGACGUUCAUAACGCGGCUCGUGCACAAGUUGGUGUUGGCCCGAUAGCUUGGGACGACGUGGUGGCUGCCUAUGCACAAAACUACGCCAAUCAGAGGAUAAACGACUGCAAUUUGGUGCACUCUGGCGGCCGUUACGGUGAGAACUUAGCUGAAGGCAGCGGAGACUUAACGGGCAGCGAUGCCGUCAAUCUGUGGGUAAGUGAGAAGCAAUACUACGAUUACAGCUCCAACACAUGCGCUCAAGGGCAGCAGUGCGGGCACUACACUCAGGUGGUUUGGAGCAACUCGGUCCGUCUGGGCUGUGCUAGGCUUCAAUGCACAAAUAACGGUUGGUGGUUCGUGAUUUGCAGUUAUGAUCCCCCUGGCAACUAUGUUGGUCAGCGUCCUUAUUCUGCAGUUAUGAGCCCCCCUGUCUAG